AUGGGCAAACCCGCCAACCUCUACUCCUUCCCGGACAUCGACAGAGACCUCGCCCCCAACCUCCGGAAAUACAUCCUCGACGCCCAGAGAUCCGCCCUCCAACGAAACCCUCCCGUCUUCCGCAUCGCCGUCUCCGGCGGCUCCCUCCCCAAAACCCUCGCCAAAGCCCUCCUGGCCCCCUCCUCCUCCUCCGCCGCCGCCCACGGAACCCCCGAAGACACCCCCGACUUCAGCAAAUGGGACAUCUUCUACGCCGACGAACGCUGCGUGCCCCUCGACCACGCCGACUCCAACCACAAACUCGUAAAGGCAGACCUCUUGGAUCACAUCCCCCCGGAGCAGGGCGCACCGCGAGUCUACCCGAUCAACACCGCCCUCCUCAGUAAUCCCCAGGAACUCGCCGACGACUACGAGAAGCAGCUCGUUGCCAGCUUCGCCUCCCGCGACUCCGUCAAGCUGCCCCUCUUCGAUCUCAUCCUGCUGGGCUGCGGCCCCGACGGCCACACCUGCUCCCUCUUCCCCGACCAUCCCCUCCUGCGGGAAAGAGACGCCUGGAUCCUCCACCUCACCGAUUCCCCGAAACCUCCCCCGACGCGCAUCACGCUCAGUCUGCCCGUCGUGCUGCACGCCGCCAAGAUCGCUUUCGUCGCCACGGGGGGCGGGAAGAAGGACGUUCUCAAGAAGAUCUUCGAAUCGGAAGAGGGGAGGAGUCUACCCUGUGGCUUGGUGAAUGAAGGCGCCGGGGAUAAGGUUUCCUGGUUCUGUGAUGCCGCCGCGACCGAGGGCGUCAAUUUCCCCAGACGGGGUAGUGUCAUCUAA